UCUGGGCCUCCUGAAGCUGCUGCCCCCGCGACCCGACCCGGAUAAGCGGAAGAAAAUGGAUGGAUGGAUGGAUAUUCACAGUAAACAAGUUUGAGAUGUUAUAUUUUCCCAACAGGAGGAAGAAAUCACCCUCCACACAACCCAUUUCUACAUUAGGUUGUGUGGAGGCUCCAAGCUGCUGCUUGACUUGCAUAUGCCUUGGGCCGGCUCUGCUGGUGGACCAGAACCUUGAGCAGUUUCAUGACUUUUUCCGUUUAUCAAGACAUUUCAGUGGAAAAGCUGCUCAGACUUCUUCUCUCUGCCUUUUCAUUCACUUUUAAACAGGAGGACAUUCCAGUAGUAACCUAGCUUUGUCUGUAAAAACUGCAUGAGUGGUGCUGAAGUUUGGCGUCGGUCAGUAAGAGGAAGAUUUUCUAAAGUUAAAUUUUUAUCUUACCGAAUCAAACAAUAAAGUUAAAACUGACAGAAAAGCUCAGGCUAAAUCAAUCUUUGAUCAUCUAUUUCUACUGAAAGCGGCCAAUCAGGCGCCAGGAUUUUCUGUCACCAUGUAGAAGCUGAGGAUCAACCUGAUGUGUUUACAUCCACCAAUCCUGGAACGUUAUUCAUUUUACGCUCGUGGUAAAUAAAGCAGAUUUCUCCCAGGGUGGAAUAAUUAAACAUAAACCUGGAACAAAAACAUUUGACCCAUGAAGAAAGUGUGAUACUGAAGACGUGUGUAUAAUGUUGACCGUUUAAUAAUAAAUUCAAACUGUUGACUGUUUGUAAAACUUAUUGCAGUUGCAGUGAAAUCCUACUCAAAUAAAUAAUUGAUCAAAAGUACAAGUAAGCUCCACGCCCCAGUUGACUAAAUCAGUUAUUUUAAAAAAGCGUUAUUGUUUUUAAUGAUCAUUUUACAAUUGUUGGUUCAGUGGAGAUAGUUUCAUUUUAAGUUAAUGUUUUUUUUUUUAAACCUUCAAACGUCCAGUUUAGUUUGACGAGUUAAUUUUGUAAUAAUUAUUUGAAAAUGAAUUAUUUGAAAAUGAAUUUGGCUAUCUCUAGUUUUUUUAGUACAGCACAUCUUUAAAAUUCCAAAAUAAAAUGCAGCUAUAAGAUACCUAGCCAUAAUGCUACUUUACAGGCUACUGGCUAGCGUUUGCAAAGCCACCAAUCCAGAAGCACCGUUUAUUUUCCUUGGUGCUGAUUGGCUGAACCCCAAAGAGCAGGCAGACUGUAGAUGUUAUCCUCUGUUGUGCCGUAAUGCCAAGAUGGUUUCCAUUGAUUAUCAAUGCAAAUAAAUGUGGUUUUUAAUGAAGAUCUCAAAUAUUUGGGGAUUUUAGCUACUUGUAGAGACAGAAAUACAUUUAGAAAAGUAAAUAAACAAGACAGGCAGAAAUAAAUAGCAUUGGAGAAAUGAAAAAGGUAAAAGAAAAUACAAAUGGAGAAUAAAGCAGAAAAAAAUAUUCAAACGUACACAAAACUUUAAAAAGAAGUUAUUGAUAAUAAAGCAAUUACAAAGGUUAAAGAAGUUGAUUAACAGAGAUGUAUACAUUUACCUCUGGCUGUCUAAUUACCACCAACAUUUAUUUACUGUAUUUUUGUACAUUUAAUCACAUCUUUGAGCAUUUAUUUGUUUCUGUAUUUAUUCUUCUGUGGCAGCAUUGCUCCCCUAUAAGUGUCCGAAUUACUGAGUUAUUUAGAAUACCGUGGGAGAGUUAAAAAUAAAUGUUUACCAAUAAAAAGAGUAAUUUUGGUUUCUAAACUUGACUCGUCUACUUUUACUUUGAAAUAGAAUCUUGAUCCGGAAGUUACGUAACAAUGAAAGCCAUGGCUCUUCCCUGUAGUCCUGGUCUUCUGUUGUAGUCCCAUCCCUGCGUCUUCUCGGACGGUUUGUGAGGGUCGGCUUGGGUUCGUACGUUCGGUCCGGAGCUGCUCGGUUCGGUUCCGGUUCUGUUGGAGCCCCGGGAUGUCGGUUCUAAGCAGCAAAGCGCUCCAGGAGCAGCUCUCCGUCGUCCUGGAAGCGCUGACCAAGGCGGCGCUGGUGGAGAUCUGCGAGCUGGUGGAGGAGGGCUACGCGGUGCUGCAGCUGGAGAUCAGCCGGAGCCGCAAGGAGAACCAGGACCUGCGGAAGAAGCUGCACCUCAUCGAGUCCAUCGUGGUCCCGGGCGGCGGCGGCGGGGAGAGCCAGGCGCUGGCCCCGGAAGAGAAGACCGAGGCGACAGAAGCUGCUGUCCGACCGGAAACACCGCGUACACAGCGGGACAGGGAGCGGGAGGAGGCCGACGGAGGAGACGGAGGAUCCGCCGGGGUGGAGCCGGAGGAGGUUCCGGAUGUGGUUCUGAUUAAAGACGAAGACUCGGACGGGUUCGACGGCGGAGAACGGCGGCGCCAUGAUGCCGGAGCGGCAGCCGCCAGCGAAGCCGCCCCCUCGGCUCGGUCCGUCCGCAGGCGGCGCCGCCGCAGGCGGCCGUACGAAGAUGGCGACCUGUCGGCGCUGAAGUCGUCCAAACUGUCGAGCGGGUCGCAGCAGAACGUCCCGGUCUACAGCCUGGACUCGCCCUGCAGCGAGCCGGGCGGCUCGGCGCUGGAGGACGUCCAGGUGAAGGCGGACGCCUCGUCCUGCUCCUACCCAGACGUCCAGCUGGUCCAGGACUGCUCCCUGGCGCCGCCGGGCCCCAGCAGGCAGCUGUUCUUCAGCAGCGGCGCCCUGAUGGAGGCCCAGUCCCCCUCCAACCGGGCCGACCUGGACCUGAACUUGGACCCGUCCUGGUCCAAACAGCCCAAAGGCUCCAUGGCGUUCGCCCAGUUCUGCCCCAGUGAGAACCUGGAGGGCGACAUGUUCAGCCUGAAGCUGGUCGGCAUCGCCGGCUCCGCCGACGACCACAGCGCCGCAGCCUUCGAGUUUGAAAACAGCGGCGGUGGCGGCAUGCUGAACUUCGGGCUGUACGAAUCCUCGCCGGGCCAGCAGCUCUCCGCCGCGGAUCCGGACGAAGACGCCCACAGGAAGCGCUUCAUCUGCUCCAUCUGCAACAAGACCUACGCCACGGCGCAGAACCUGGAGGUCCACACCCGCAUCCACACGGGCGAGCGGCCGUUCGCCUGCGACCAGUGCGGCAAGAAGUUCACGCAGUCGGCCCACCUGAGGUCGCACCUGAACGUUCACACGGGGGAGAGACCGUACGGCUGCUCGCUCUGCUCCCGCAGCUUCAUCGUCAAGUACAGCCUCAAGCUGCACAUGAAGAAGUGCCACCCCAACAACUGGGUCCAAACGACUGGGCCCAAGCGGCCUGAACCGGGUCCCAACUGGGCCCAACAACUGAGCCCAACUGGGCCCAACAACUGAGCCUAAGCAGGCUGAACUGGGCCCAGACGGGUCGCUCCAGAACUUUGUUCCACUCUUAAAUCUUUUCCUUUCUAGCGAAGCGUUAAACGGCCAGAGGUUGUAAGUUAAUUCAGAACUAGGCCUGUCACGAUAACAAAAUUUGCUGGACGAUUAAUUGUCUAAAUAAAUUAUUGCGAUAAACGAUAAUAUUGUUUCAUGACCUUUUGACACCAAUUUAAUGGGAAUGAUGUAAUAAUGCAUGUGAUUUCCUGCCAUAGAUAAACUUUAUUUUCAAAAUAACACAUAACGCUGGAACUGAUAAACUAA